UAAGAUGGUUUUUGGAGUGUCUUAAAGAAAAUCAAGGAAACAUUUCUGACAAAGAAUACGGAUAUGAUGUCUUUUUUUACCCCCCGUGCCUCUUUGCUUCCUUUGAUUUAGUUCUCAGUCUCUCGUGUAAACAAACGUGGAUGGUCAACAUGGAGAAAGUAGAAGAAAUUUAUAAGUGACUGUUUUUAUGGGAAAUGGCUUCUGUGCAGUCAGCAACCGAGAUUACAAAGCCAGGUGCCAUUUCUACGGACUCUGGUGAAGAGAGUGACGAUGCAUACGACGAUGUGAUCGAAGUCAGCCCGUGUGGGCGAUGGGAAAAGCGAAGAAUUGAGGUAACACAACGUGAUGUGCCUGGCAUUGACAAGGCAUUCCUUGCCAUGGAUACAGAGGAGGGUGUCGAAGUGGUUUGGAAUGAGGUUCAGUUCUCUCAAAGAAAAAGUUACAAAGCACAGGAGGCAACCAUCAAAACAAUAUUUCAAAAUUUAACCAAGUUGAAGCACCCAAACAUCGUGAAAUUUCACAGGUUUUGGAAUGACAUGCAGGGUGACAAGGCUCGUCUUGUCUUCAUUUCGGAAUAUAUGACGGCUGGAUCAUUGAAAAAAUUCCUCAAGAAGACACGCGCUAAUAACAAGACUAUCAGUCCUAAGGUUGUUAGAAAGUGGUGCCGUCAGAUUCUUUCGGCUCUAAGUUACCUGCACGCCUGCAACCCACCUAUUGUCCAUGGCAAUCUAUCCUGCGAUACGAUCUUCAUUCAACACAAUGGUCUGAUUAAAAUCGGUUCAGUUGCUCCUGACACAAUUCGUGACCACGUGAAAACAUAUCACGAGGAAAGGCGAAAUAUGCAUUACCUAGCACCGGAAUAUGGCCUUCCUGGGACCAGCAGGCAAUAUCACACAGCUGUUGAUGUUUUUGCUUUCGGUAUUUGUACACUUGAGAUGGCUGCAUUAGAGUUGCAAGAUAAAGAAAGUCACAUCGGUUCUGAAGCGGUGAAAAAAGCAAUCGAUGGCCUCACAGACGAUGAUUUUAAGGAUUUCAUCGGGAAGUGUCUCAUUGAAGAUCCUGUCUUGCGUCCGAGUGUGAUGAAACUUAUGUUUCAUAAAUGGUUGUUUGAGGUUCCCUCGUUGAAACUCCUGUCAGCUUAUGCAGUCGUGGAUACCGGCGUUACUCUUCCCGAGUCGAAGGAAGUGAAGGAUCGAGAGAGAAUUCUAGUAGACAUCCCAGCCCUUGGAGGAAAUUUAGUUCGACGUGAGAAGGAUCUACCAUCAUUGGAGAGGGAGAAAUACCUCGAGGAAGUCCAAGAUGGUCUGUAUCCUCUGACCAUAAUGGAACGCAGACAAAGUCAUGCGAACAUUCAAAGACCUCUAACUCCGGAGGAGGGAGAGACAGAGGAGAAUUCAAGUCCUCCCCCGGAUGAUGUCGAGACGAGACUGGUGUUGAAUAUGAAUUGCAAGACCAAAGUUUCCGAACAUCCUGGAAAGCGAAUGUUAAUACUUCACCUUCAAAUGGAUGAUCAGAUGAACAGAUUGCUGACGUGUGAUUUAGAAUCAGAAGAUAAAGCUGGCGAAUUAGCGGAAGAUUUGGUCAAACACGGAUUUAUCAAUCCAGCUGAUAAGGAGAGGAUCUCAACAUUAAUACAAACCAACUUGAAACGCGAGGUAGCCGUGGCUUGAGAUAAAGCUCGCAGGUGAAAAUGAAAACGGUUAUAAGAAAAGACGCUGGUUUGAUCCGCUUUUUGUAAUUUCCUGUACAUACAAUAAGAUUGAGAAA